AUGGAUUCGCAUAUGAUGCGUCCCGAUCUUGCCGCGCAGCCGCAGGACGGCGCCACGCAGAUGCCAGCCGUCGGAGCGCAGGGCGGCAUGCCAGCGCCGCCAACCACCCCCCACGGCGGCUACCAGGUCCCUGUUCCUGCUGCUGCUGCUCUGCAGCCGUCGCAUCACCCGUCGCAGCACCAACACCACCACCACCACCAUUAUCCGCCCGGCUCGACGUCGCCGCCGCAGUACGGCGGCGGCAGCUCCUCCUCCCACCCCGGCCACCACCACAACUCCCCAUCCGCCUCCUCCUCCGUAUCCUCCGCCACCAUAGCCUCCUCCUCCGCGGCCGGCGGCGGCCCGCCCGCCGGCCGCCUCGGCCACGUGCUGCACACCAUGCAGCAGACGGGCUUCCACGCCUGGGGCUUCGUCAUCUACCGCGGCUGCGCCUACGCCGACGAGCCCCUCUGGCAGCGCUACGUGCGGCACAUGAAGCAGGAGGUGCACUCCGCCCUCGCCGCCACCCCGCGCCUCCCCGGCACCGGCGCCGGCGCCAACGCCACCCUCGACACCUCCGGGCGGCAGCUCGCCCCCUACCUGGAGUGGACCGUCAUGGAGGACCCGAGCCUCGAGGGCGCGUCCACCGAGACCGUCCGGCGGCACUUCGCCGCGUGGGCCGCCGCGCGGCACCCACGCCGCGACGGGCCCGGCGCCGACGGGCCUUUCAUCGAGUCGCACGUCCCGCGCUUCAUGUACUGCGUGUACGUCGACGGCCGCUGCCUGCGCACGCUCGCCGCGUUCGACGACUGGCUGCGCCUCGACCGCAACGGGCCCAUGCAGUACCUCGCCUGCGCCCUCAUCGACAAGAACUGCCCGGAGGGCGGCGAGGGCGAGCCCGGGUUGCUGCCCGUGGACGGCUGCGACAGGUACUACACCGGCUGGAUGUACGCGCACGUCGGUGCCCUGCCGGAGCUGUACAACACCCUCGGACACCAGCGCCUCAUAUCGGGGCCCAACAACUAUGCGAGGCCCCCGCGGAUAUACCCGGGGCACCUGUACGGCGCGUCGGUGCCCCCGUGA